UUCCGUUUCCGGCCAGUUCCUCCAAUCGGCCAUAUUCCGCCGAUCUGUCUCAACCCAGUCGCCGCUCCGUAGCAGUGAGCCCACCAUAGCUUCAUUUCACAGGGGAUGGUCUUCCAUUUACAACGAUACAAUUGAACAAAGUAAAUCGGGGGCAAGACAGGUGAUUUUAUCCAGAAACUUAGACAGAAAUCGGGCCGAGAUGACGACGCGAUCGGAGAGGGAAAAGGCUCAGAAACUGAACGAGCAGCAUCAGGCCAUUCUGUCCAAAAUGCUGAGAGAGGAUGAUAACAAAUACUGCGCCGACUGCGAAGCCAAAGGACCUCGGUGGGCCUCUUGGAAUCUUGGUGUGUUUAUUUGUAUCCGCUGUGCUGGAAUACACCGGAACCUGGGAGUGCAUAUAUCACGUGUUAAAUCCGUCAACCUGGACCAAUGGACCCCCGAGCAGAUUCAAAGCGUGCAGAGCAUGGGCAACACCAAGGCAAGACAGCUGUAUGAAGCUCAUCUCCCAGAAAACUUCAGACGGCCGCAAACUGACCAGUAUCCUUGA